AUGAAUCCAGUACGCGCUCUUGUUCGACAGGCAGCCAUUCAGCGCAACGUCAUUACUCGUCGAGCCAUCCAUUCAUCUCCUGCAGCAUUGUCAGACGCGCUGUUUGUGCAUCGCGAUACCGCCGAGAACAAUCCCAAUAUUCCCUUUGAAUUCAAUGCCGACAACAAGAAGCGUAUUGAAGAGAUCUUGAAGAAGUAUCCUCCUCAGUACAAGAAGGCUGCUAUCAUGCCUCUUUUGGACUUGGGUCAAAGACAACACGGCUUUACAUCCAUCUCUGUCAUGAACGAAGUUGCUCGUUUGCUCGAAGUUCCUCCUAUGCGUGUGUACGAAGUCGCCACUUUUUACACCAUGUUCAACAGAGAACCUAUUGGCAAGAACUUUUUGCAGCUCUGCACUACUACUCCUUGUCAAUUGGGUGGUUGUGGCUCUACCAAGAUUCUCGACACCAUCAAGGAACAUCUCGGCAUCAACGUCGGCGAGACUACCAAGGAUGGUCUCUUCACUCUUGUCGAGGUUGAAUGUGCUGGUGCUUGUGUGAAUGCUCCUGUGAUGGCCAUCAAUGAUGAUUACUAUGAGGAUCUUACUCCCGAGACCACCAAGGCGCUUCUUGAUAACAUCAAGGCUGGUAAGCCCAUCAAGGCUGGUCCUCAAACCGGUCGUCAUACUUGUGAGCCUGCUCCUGGUGUCUACACUACCCUUAACUCGGAGCCUUAUGGUCCUGGUUUCAAGGUUCGCUCCGAUUUGUAA